UCCGGGCUCUCCACGUGCGCACGCCCGAGCCGGCGCUCGUCGUCACGUGACGCGCGGCCGGCGCUGACUCCGCCACAGGCUGCCCGCUUCGCGCUCGCCGAGCCCGGCGUUACGGCCGCCGCCAUGCCUCGCGUCGCCUCUCCAGCCGCUCUGGUUCCGCUUCUGGUGCUCCUGCUGCUCUCGGCUCCGCCCGGCGGCAGCGGCCUGCACACCAAGGGCGCCCUUCCCCUGGAUACAGUCACUUUCUACAAGGUCAUUCCCAAAAGCAAGUUCGUCUUGGUGAAGUUCGACACCCAGUACCCCUACGGUGAGAAGCAGGAUGAGUUCAAGCGUCUGGCUGAAAACUCGGCCUCCAGCGAUGAUCUCUUGGUGGCAGAGGUGGGGAUCUCAGAUUAUGGCGACAAGCUGAAUAUGGAGCUGAGUGAGAAAUAUAAGCUGGACAAAGAGGACUAUCCAGUCUUUUAUCUCUUCCGGGACGGGGACUUUGAGAACCCUGUCCAGUAUAGUGGGGCGGUAAAGGUUGGCGCCAUCCAGCGCUGGCUAAAGGGCCACGGGGUCUACAUAGGCAUGCCUGGGUGCCUGCCUGUGUAUGAUGGCCUUGCCAGCGAGUUCAUCAAGGCCUCCAGCAAAGAGGCCCGCCAGACCGUCCUGAAGCAAGGGCAGGACACCCUUGCGAGCGUGAAGGAGUCUGAGAAGAAGUGGGCCGAGCAGUACCUGAAGAUCAUGGGGAAGAUCUUAAACCAGGGUGAGGACUUCCCGGCGUCAGAGAUGACCCGGAUCACCAAGUUAAUUGAGAAGAACAAGAUGAGCGACGGCAAGAAGGAAGAGCUCCAGAAGAGCCUAAACAUCCUGACUGCCUUUCAGAAGAAGGGGGCCGAGAAGGAGGAGCUGUAAAGGCACCCCAAAGUUUUCAGUUUGAUGGGAGUGGCGCGGGGAGGGUGGUGGUGGGGAAGUUACCUGCUGGCUCUGAGGCCCUCCUGGGAUGUGGGAGUGGUAGAAGGGGCACAGAAAUCUAUGCCCUUCCACUUGAUGUUGGCGUGACCAACCACGUUUGGGACAGAUAGCUCUAGAACAAGUCGGUAUAGCUGGAUGCUUGAAUCCGUCGAUGGUGGAACCCCCGCGCAGGAAUUGGUGCUAUAAAGAUGAGUGUACAGCCCACCUCUCCCUGACAGUGUGAUUCUGACCCAAUUAAAGUUUCGCUGUUUUGUUUAAGUG